CACCUCCUCCUGCAGGUGCACGUGACCUCCUGUAUCUUGGGCAUCAUCGUGAUGGCGACCGCGAACUCUCUGAUGUGGACAUUCUUCAGCCGCGGCCUCAGUUUCUCCAUGUCGUCGGCCAUUGCCUCUGUCACGGUGACUUUUUCGAACAUCCUCAGCUCGGCCGCCCUGGGCUUUGUGCUGUACGGAGAGAGCCAGGAGGUGCUGUGGUGGGGAGGCGUGUUCCUCAUCCUCUGCGGACUCAUCCUCGUCCACAGGAAGGCCCUUCCGCUCAAGCAGCAGUAGAGGCACUUGGCUGGUGGGCAGCUAGAAAGACAGAUGGUGGCUCAGGCAUGGGCUGGCGUGUGGGGACUGCUUCCCAGGGCGAUCGGGGUGCAGCCUUCCGACCGUCAGCCAAAGGGAGUUGCUGCCGAGGGCAGCAGGCCUGUGACCGAGCAGCCUUGUGGUGGCAGCUCCGGCUCCUGAAGGGGAACAGCAGGCUCUGCCCCAGCACCUGGCCGUCUGCAGCGCUCCGUUUCUGACCUCCGGGCCCACCCAGGGGCCAUGCAGGAGCUGGACUCGAACCAGCUGUACCUGUAGCCUGGUGGCCUAAGUCACGUGACACACCAGUGACUGGUGGGACUUGGACAACUUCUUGCCGAUGUGUCGGGCCGGCUGUGCCAUAUUAUAGGAGGAGGAAGACUGGAUUAAUGCUUUCUUGUAAGUUAAAACUACCAGGUGUGGAAUCCUAAUUCCUUCCUACAUUUAUUUCCUUCCUAAGUGUUUGGAGUCAGAGGGAGCAGCCAGGGCGAGCUGCAGCUCCUGGAGUGGUUAUGGCCCCACCUUCCCCCGGCCUGGGUCCAGCUGCGGGCACACGGCUCCUUCCGAUGUUCCCAGGCCGGCGCCCUUCCGGUCAGGAAGGCCCGGCCACCCCCUUGGUCCUCACGGGGAAAAGCUUGAGCUCACUUUGGGUCCCAGUUUUAUUCUACAAUUUAUUAGGGUACAAAACUGGCCCAGAGGUUCGCUCACCCCCACUUCACCUGUAGGCCCCGUCUGUCCUUUGUUUGUUUCCCAGGCUCCUAUGGCUUUUGUAUCUACCCCGUGUGACUGGGACCCUAGGUGCUGCCCACACACUCCCGUGCAUGGCCGAUGUGACGCUCACCUGCUCCCGGUCCUCAGGGCUCCCGGGAGGUCUGAGCCCUCAGCCCGCCUGAACCCACCCCCUGGCCCCGGCUCCUCCAGCAUUCCCUGCAUAGAAAGGGACGUGGGACCAGAAGGCUGGGGAAGGGAAGGGCCAUGUCCAGGCGGUCCCCCUCUCUGUGCCGUAGCGCUUCACUGCCCUCCAGUUCUCACUGCCGACAGGGCCUGCUCGCUCCCGUGGCUCCUGCUGACAGGGACCUGGCCCCGCCCGCCUCUCCCCAGGUCCUCUCUUGCUGCCUCUUAACACCCCGGUUGAGCCUGGCACUCCUGUGUUGAGAAGUCAGGGAGAUGAGUGAGCAGACAGCGGUGAGGUAGGACAACCAGGCACGUGUGGCGUCCUGGGGGCAUCACUCGAGAAAAAGGAGCGAUCACCCGGCUGAUGCUGAGGGAGGGGAAGGGGAAGACGGAGAGGCCUUUGGACUCGGACAGAGAGUUACAGGAGCAGCUUGGAGGAGGGUGGGCCACAGCCUGAGCAGAUCAGGCUCAUGAGGGAUGGCGGGUCCUCCACUGAUGCCGAAAAGUUGCUCGGAGUGGAAGGAAACUGAGUAUGACCGAGGCCGCCACAGUGACUCAUCCCCGAGGUCAGGAACGGACAUGCCCGCUCUCAGCACUCCCCUCCGCAUGUGACCAAGCUCUCCCAGAGCACGUGGUCAGGAAAGGGAAGGACGAAGUUAUCUGCUCAGAGAUGACAUGAUCUUGUAGGUAGCCUGUGCUAGAAGAGGGGCUGCCCCAUUCUCAGGAGCCUCGGGGGGCCCAGGGGAGGGAGACCCCGAGUCGUCCUGGCAGGAGGUGCCGACCGAAAGCUAUUCCUCUGUCCUCGGACUUGCUCAGAUGAUCCAUGUGCUUUAAUUAAACGGAUGCUUCAAUGAG